UCCCUUUACAACUAUCAACAGGCUGUGAGUGCGUGUCUCUCGUUAUAGUGGAGGGGGGGCAGACAAGCGGGGGAUACGCAUUUUUGAGGCAGAAGUCCGGGUACAUUCUACAGAUUAAGAACCCAGGCAUCCUCUUCUCUCUCCCACCCUAACUUGGGAUGAACUGCCAAACGUAACUGGAGGGACUUCCUCGGAAGAUACAUCUCGGGUGCUCUGCCUUUCUUCCCAUCAGCCCGCCCUUUUGGGUCUCAGGACUUGGGGCAGUAGGCGUUCAGAGCCCUGCGGGACGGAUGGACUUGUGGAUAGAUUGGCGAGCCCCGCGGAGGUCCGGUGGCCACCCGGGAGGUCCUGAAGGUCAGCUGCAGUGAGAACGAGAGGGAGGAUCCAACCUGUACGGCUCGUCUGGGGCGGAGGCAGGGAAAAGGUGGGGAGGGAAUCCUGCCCGAAAGGAUUGGGAAGUUCGCGACCAUGGUCCCCCGAUUGUGGUUGCUCAUAUUCCUUGGAGUCGGCACAUCUGGAAUCCAGCAUUGGGACGGCUCUGCUCUCCAGGGGCAGCGGAACAGCUCCGGCCGGCUUCAUUGGGAAUCCCAGUGUCAGUACCAACUGCGCCAUCUUCAGGACGGAGCCAGAAUUACGGCGAUGUUACCUCCAAGGCUAGAGGGUCAUUGGAUCUCCACGAGCUGUGAAGUGCGUCCAGGGCCAGAGUUCCUUACCAGGUCAUACAUGUUCUUCUCAAACCGGCUGUUUAAAGCCUACCAGUUCUACUACCAGGACCCUUCCUGCCACGAACCCUUGUACUCCCUUCUCAUCAAAGGCAAGAUCCGCCUUCGCCAGACAUCCUGGAUAACACGGGGGGCCACCGAGGCCAACUACCAUCUGCACAAGGUCGGCAUCGUCUUCCAUAGCCAGAGCGCUAUUCUGGAGAUAGCAGAACGCAUCAAUCAGACCAGUGGCAGAGGCUGUGGUAAAUUACUUCCCCCAGGGAGGUCCUGGACUCCAGGGACUGUCUAUGAACUCCUGAGUGCCAAGGCAGAGAGGGACUGCACUGGGGCGCUGGGCUUUGCCAUGCAUGAGCUCAGCCUGAUCCGAGUGGAAAGGCAUUACAAGCUGCAGCAGAUGCCAGGCAAUAGGGUGGUGGAGGAACUAUAUCUGGGUGACAUCCACACGGAAUGGUCAGAAAGGCUUCACUACAGACCCACCGGGUAUCAACACCCACUGCAGAGUGCCAUGCAUCACUCGCACCCAUGCCCAGCUUGUGGAAUCAUCUACCGUUCAGAUGAACAUCAUCCCCCCAUCCUACCCCACAAGGCAAUGCUGCCCCUGAGACUCAGUGGCAGGUGGGUCAGCAUGAGGUGUGAGGUCCGACCUGCUGUACUCUUCCUCACCAGAUUCUUCACCUUCCAUGGGAAUAACCGGACAUGGGAAGGCUAUUAUCACCACUAUUCUGACCCGGCUUGCCGACAACCCACAUUCACUGUGUAUGCCUUUGGGCAUUACAAUAAGGGUACCCUGUCUACCAAGGUCAGAGGUGGCUCUGAGCUAACAUUCAGGGUCACCCAGGCCCGUGUGACGCCAAUGGAUCAGGUCACUGUGGCGAUGCUGAACUUCUCACAGCCUGGGAGCUGUGGGGAUGCAGGGUCCUGGUCCCUUGGAACUGAGCAGGAUGUCACACCCACCAAUGGGUGCUUGCCACUAGGUAUCCAGCUCCCUCAUGUGGAGUUUGAACUCUUUAAGAUUGAACAAGACAUGAAAGGCCAAAGCCUGCUGUUUAUUGGAGAGAGGCCCACAGAUGGCUCCAACCCAGAUAUCCCAGAGAAGCGUCCUACUUCCUAUCAGGCCCCUCUGGUCCAGUGUGCUGGAGCACCUGCUGUCUUUUCAAGACCACUUCAUCACAGUCAUCAGCCAGAAAAGUAUAGGAGUAGCAGGAACAGAGCAUCCAAAGUACAUUCUACAGGCAUCCUACUUCUGAUCGUAGCCCUGACAUCUUUAAGGUGGGGCCUAAAUUGAUCAAAUUGUUGGCUCCCAGAGCAGGAGGGAAUUCCCUCCAAAGUUUGAGACAUCCUCCAGGCACACUUUUCAGAUCAGCACCUUCUUUUCUAAUCCCUGAGACUCUGUAUAUGCUAAAACCCAGACAGAGGAAGGGUGGUGUUCUUGAGACUGGACGCAACAUGCAAAUAUCCACUUCCAAGUUACUGAGUGAUGCUGACUCUGUUGAAUUUAGCAGUUCAUACUAAGGCUGGUGACAUGGAUUAAAGAUGCUGCCAUGAACUUUCAGUGGCCUGUAUUCAGGGGUAAUCUCAGUCUCCCAAAGUGCUAACUGCUAGAAAUUCUGUGCUCCUCAAAUUCAACAUUUCUGACCUCUAAAUGUCUGACUUUCCAGGACCUCUGUUUAUGAGGUAGGGUUUUAUCCAUGGGUUCUUGCAUUGGUUUCAUUCAAACCUAAGGUACUCAACUAAGAGGCAGGUUAACACCCCUUCUCCCCACCCACAACUUCCAAAUCACACAGAAGUAAGUUUAGUUAGUUCUUGUUUGAAUCCCCUUGGCACUUCUAGUCACUGGAUAGCCAAAGAACUCAUCUGUAUCUCCGGCAUAUAGUUUACCUUCCUUCAUCAGAAAAUUCCCAGUUCUUUAAAGACUCACGAGAGAAAAUAUCAUGGAUAUUUUAUGAGUGGAUGACUUUAGAUUAAUUUUAUUUUAUUAUUCUUUAGAUCCAUUUUAUAAAUAGGUUAAUGGCAAAACCUAGAAAAUGGAUUUUGUUUCUUUAUUCCUUAGGUAUUUAUAAAUGGCACCCCAAAUGGAUGGGGCAAGUUCUGAGGUUCUCAACCUUUUUUUGUGUCAUGGAACCUUACUCUUAAACAUGCUUUUAAGGGCAUAAAGCAAAAUACAUAGGCUUACAAAGAAAACCAAUGACAAUGAAAUUAUUUAAAUAUUAAAUUUUAAGUCUACAGACUCCAGGUUAAUGACCCUUGGAUUAUAUGAUCCCUAAUGUUUUACAUCUUUGUAUCCACAGCACAUAGUAGGAGCUUAAUCUUUGAAUCAAAUUGUUAGUUUAAUCCAAAGUGUUAAUUUACUUAUGUGGCAUAGUUAGAGUGAAUUAUAAAUGGGGGUGGAAGGUAUGAAUAAAAUUGCUGUAGCAUUCUCAUAUAGCUAAAAAUUAGCUCCAGCAUGAACUCAGAGGUUUUGACAAGUAUUUCAGUGAUUGCCUCCUUUUUUAUUUCUUCCCACUUUCAGUACUCAAGUAUUUUAGAAUUCAAAUCUAGAUCUUACAAAUGGCUUUGUGAACUUGGACAAUGAAAUCCCUUUCCUUUGCUAGUCUGGUCUCAUCUGUAAAAAGAGAGGGUUUUUCGGUGAGUUCUAAAGUCCUUUUGAACUCUGGAUGAUGAUGCAUUUAUUACGUAUAAGGCAAGUAUCACUUUCCACUAGAAUUCAACAUCCCUUCUCACUCGUUUUGUUCAGUUAGUAUCUACUGGAAAAGCCCUAUCUUUUCUAAUCUCUUGUAAAUAAGACAAGUUCAUCUUUGAAAGUCCCCUGCUAAAACAGGCUUUCAGAGGGCAUAUUUACAGAGCUCGAGUUAUAAGAUUUGUGGUUUUAAACCAAAUAUAUAGAAUCGUGGAAUUUUCAAGGGGGUAGAGGUUCUCGGGGAUGCUAUUUUCACUAACCACCUCAUCUAUGUAUGGGAGCGAAUGAAUCACAUUUGCACAUUAAUCACAUUAGUUUUUAAUCCCAUUAAAACUUAAAUAUUUUUCAUAAAGUUAUACUGAGCAAUGUUCCCUGUUUAUUAAAGACUGACAAGAGUAGGGGUUUGUGUUCUUACUUCAAGCACAUAAGAUAACCAAGAUUUCUUCACAUAUAAAUUCUCUUGUUACCUACAGGACCUAGAAUUAAUCAGAAUAAUUUGGGAAGAAGCUUAAAACAGAACAUAUAACUAUAUUAAAUUGUAAAGUGUAUAUAUUAAAGGAGAAAUAUGUCCCCUUACAACCAGA